AUGAGCUUCACCCAAGAGGACACCCAUGCCAUCAACACCAUCCGCGUGCUCGCCGCCGACACCGUCUUCAAGAGCAACUCUGGACACCCUGGUGCCCCUAUGGGUUGUGCCCCCAUGGCUCACUUGUUGUUCUCCCGCUUCAUGAACUACAACCCCAAGAACCCCAAGUGGGCCAACCGUGAUCGCUUCGUUUUGUCGAACGGACAUGCCUGCGCUCUCCAGUACAUCUUGCUCCACUUGAUGGGCUACCCCACCACCAUGGACGACUUGAAGUCUUUCCGUCAGCUCCACAGCAAGACCCCCGGUCACCCCGAGUGCCACAUGACUGAGGGUAUCGAGGUCACAACCGGUCCCCUCGGUCAAGGUUUCGCCAACGCUGUCGGUUUGGCCAUCGGUGAGGCCCACAUGGCUGCCACCUACAACAAGCCAGGCUUCGAGCUCUUCAACAACUACACCUUCAUGAUCACCGGUGACGGAUGCUUGCAGGAGGGUGUUGCCAGCGAGGCUGCCUCCCUUGCCGGACACUUGCAGUUGGGCAAGUUGAUCGCUCUCUACGAUGACAACCACAUCUCCAUCGAUGGUGACACCGAGGUCUCCUUCACCGAGGACGUUGUCAAGCGUUUCGAGUCCUACGGCUGGCACGUUCUUGUCGUCAAGGACGGCAACAGCGAUCUCGAGAGCAUCGCUAAGGCUGUCGAGGAGGCCAAGAAGGUCACCGACAAGCCCACCUUGAUCAAGGUCUUCACCACCAUCGGUUUCGGUUCCUUGAUGGCCGGUUCCGAGAAGGUUCACGGAUCCCCCCUCAAGGCUGACGAUAUUGUUCAGUUGAAGAAGGCUAUGGGCUUCAACCCCGAGGAGUCCUUCCAUGUUCCCCAGUCGACCUACGACCUCUACCACGCCAAGGCCACCAAGGGUGCUGCCAUCAACUACGAGUGGGAUGCUCUCCUCGAGAAGUACUCUGCCGAGUUCCCCACCCUCGCUGCCGAUCUCAAGCGUCGUUUGGCCAAGGAGUUGCCCGAGGACUGGGCCAAGGCUCUCCCCCGCUUCACCCCCGCUGACAAGCCCAUUGCUACUCGCAAGCUGUCCGAGGCCGUCCUUAACAAGGUCGCCGAUCUCUUGCCCGAGCUGAUGAUCGGCUCCGCUGACUUGACUGGAUCCAACUUGACCCGCUGGAAGACCGCUGUCGAUUUCCAGCCCGAGAACUCUGGCAUCGGCAACUACUCUGGACGCUACUUGCGUUAUGGUGUCCGUGAGCACGGUAUGGCCGCCAUCAUGAACGGUUUGGAUGCCUAUGGCGGUAUCAUCCCCGGAGGUGCCACCUUCCUCAACUUUAUCUCCUAUGCCUCUGGAGCUGUCCGCUUGUCUGCCUUGUCCGGACACCGCGUUCUCUACAUCAUGACCCACGACUCCAUCGGUCUUGGAGAGGAUGGUCCCACUCACCAGCCUAUUGAGACCAUGGCCAUGAUCCGUGCCACUCCCAACUUGGUUGACAUGCGCCCCGCUGACGGUAACGAGACCUCGGGAGCCUACCUCUUUGCCAUCUCUGCCAAGGACCGCCCCACCGUCUUGGCCUUCACCCGUCAGGACUUGCCCCAGCUCGAGGGCUCCUCGGUUGAGAAGACCCUCUUCGGAGGCUACGUUCUCCAGGAGGUCGAGGGUGCUGAUGUUACCUUGGUCGGUACUGGAUCUGAGGUCUCGCUCGCCGUUGAUGCCGCCAAGUUGCUGGCCGAGCAGGGUAUCAAGGCCCGUAUUGUCUCGAUGCCCUCGACGACCUUGUUCGACGAGCAGUCGCACGAGUACCGCGCCUCGGUCUUGAUCGAUGGCGUCCCCUCGGUCUCAGUCGAGGCCAUGACCACCUUUGGCUGGAACCGUUACGCCCACGAGUCGUUGGGCAUUGAUACCUUUGGUGCCUCCGGCCCCUUCAAGGAGGUCUACAAGUACUUUGAGCUCGUCCCUGAGGAUGUUGCUGCCAAGGUCCAGAAGAUCGUUGCUUUCUACAAGAACGAGGGUCACGUCCCCUCGCUCGUCCGCAAGUACUUCCACUAA